UUUUUCAAUUUGUUUAAUUGAGUUCUACAAAGAGUUAAAAGUUCUGUAAUAGUGCAACCUCGUAUCUUAGUGUUUUAUUGCGUGUGAUAUGACUAAAAAGUAAUUGUAAAAACAUAAUUUUCUUUACAAAUUGUUAAGUGAUCAAAAAGGGAAGCUCAGCGUAAUAAAAUGGAUCAAAUGGACGAUGAGCAAAGGAAAAUCACUGAAGAAUUGCAACAAGCUGGAUAUGAUACGAGAAGUGAAGCUUCUAAUGAAAGUUCAGAUGAUUCAACAAGCAUUAGUUCUGAGAGUUCAAAAGCGUCGAGGAAAAAAUCGCACCGGAACAGCAAAAACAAUGGAAGAUCUACAAGGGCCAGACAAGAAAAAAAAUCUGAAUCAAAAGAAACUACAGAAAACGGGAAAAAAGCAGCAAGAAAUUCACCCAGUAAGAGUCCUGAGCCAAAAAAGAGACGCCAGAAUAGUUCAGGCAGCCAGACAGGUAGCAAUAUUAAUAACAGCAGUGAUGAAGCUAAGGAAUCUGCAAAAGACUCUAGUGGAGACGGAAAGACUGCUAAAAAAUCGUCCAAAUCCUACGACUAUAUGACAAAAUUAAAUUAUUUGUUUCGUGAAACAAAAUUUUUUGUUAUAAAGUCAAAUAAUGCUGAAAAUGUAAGGAUCUCGAAAACGAAAGGAGUGUGGAGCACACUACCUCAAAACGAGCAAAACUUGAAUCAAGCUUACAGAGAAUGUCGAAAUGUUCUCUUAAUAUUUUCUGUUAAGGAAAGUGGAAAAUUUGCCGGCUUCGCAAGAAUGGCUGGUGAAUCUCGAAGAGACGGCCCAACCGUUGAAUGGGAAUUACCUCCAGGAAUUUCUGCAAAAGCUCUUGGUGGUGUUUUUGAUAUAGACUGGAUAUGCAAAAAAGAAUUGUCAUUCACAUGCACAACUCAUUUGCAUAAUGGGUGGAACGAUGGGAAACCUGUGAAAAUUGGAAGAGAUGGGCAGGAAAUUGAGCCAAAAGUUGCUGAAGAAUUAUGUCGCUUGUUUCCUGAGGAUGAAACAAUCGAAAUGAUGCCAGUUCUCAAAAAAUCAAAAGAAAUGGCGAAACAACUUCGUGAAAAAGGAAUCACUCCAAAUUUUCGUCGACCUACGAAUCCAACAUUUUCAUCAAGAAGUAAUGGAUUAUCACAUCGUGGCGGACGGGGUGGUGGUAUGAAUAAUCAUUUGGAUCGAAGACCAUCUAUUCGAGGGGGAUUGCAUAAGAAAGUUUUUCUUAGUAAACGUCUUAAUAGUGGUCCUCUUAAUAAAAAACCAAUGUACAAUCGAAUGCUACCGAUGAAAGGACAUUCAGGUCAUCGAUUUGGUGGAAGUUCAACGGCGGCAGCUGAAGCUUAUGUCGCAGAUUAUAUGAGAACUAUGCAGUUGCCAAUACCGUAUGCCCCACCUCAUGAUUUUCCUGGAUUUGGAUCUUCAAUUCCACCUGCUCUUCCAAGAUAUUAUGAUGGAAUACCGACAAGAGCUCCUCCAAUAAUUCCAGAUUAUCCACCACCAGCAAUUCCCAGCCGAAAUCAACCGUCGUCCUCAAAUUAUGAUAAGAGGAGUUACGAUGAAUUUAUGUGGAAGAAUAAGAAUCGCAACGGUGGACCCAAUAAUCGUAACAGAGACACUCGUGAUGCAACCCGCGGUGGAGAUAAACAUCGCACUUAUCGUCGAUAAAUUUUUAACUGUUAGUGACCGUAUAAAUUAUUGAAAUCUCGUAAAAGUAUUUUACUUAACUUUCGCGGUUUAUGAUUUUUUAACAUCAGUUCAAAUUUGCUUAUUUGUAAAUACAUGAGGAAAUUAUUGAAACUUAUUUCGCUGCGAAAUAUAUUUUUAGUUUUUUAUCCUUAUUAAAAUAAAAAAGAAAAACAAUAGAAAAGUUUUAUGGAAAAUCAUAUAUACAGCCGAGGAAACCAGAGAUUGUACAACAAAAAGUUAAAGUAAAAUUAAAAGUAGUUGUCUUUAAUUUAAAAGGUCUAUGAACAUGAAACAACUUAUUGGAAAUUUAGAUGUAAGUUAAAACAGAAAAUAAAUCCUUCAUUUUUCAGGAAUUGGAUGAUUUUUUUUAAUAAUACGAAUAAAAACACUCUUGAAUAGAGACUUGGAAGAUAAAGAUAAUAAAA